AAUUUAUUUCUUGUUUACAUCUCGAAAUAAUUAUUAUACAUUGCACACAUGAUGACAAGUACAGAAUUCAGCAGCCCUCUAAGAAAAUAUAAGCUAGUCUUUCUUGGAGAACAAAGUGUUGGUAAAACAUCGCUUAUUACACGCUUUAUGUAUGAUACCUUUGAUAAUACAUACCAAGCAACUAUCGGUAUUGACUUUUUGUCUAAAACAAUGUAUUUGGAGGACAAAACUGUUCGAUUACAAUUAUGGGAUACUGCUGGACAAGAACGUUUUCGUAGCUUGAUUCCUAGUUACAUUCGCGAUUCCUCUGUUGCUGUAAUUGUUUAUGAUAUUUCAAAUCGUCAAUCAUUUAUGAAUACAUCGAAAUGGAUAGAUGAUGUUAGAGCAGAAAGAGGUGACGAUGUUAUCAUUGUGCUUGUAGGAAACAAAUCUGACCUAAGUGAAAAGAGAGAAGUUGCAAUUGAAGAUGCAGAGAAGAAAGCAAAAGAAUUAAACGUGAUGUUUAUAGAGACAAGUGCAAAAGCAGGACAUAAUAUCAAAACUUUAUUUAGAAAGAUUGCACAAGCUUUACCUGGUAUUGAUGGAAGUAAUUUUAAUGAACAAAAAGAUUCAAUGCAAAAAAUUAAUUUGAAUACGCCAAGCAAUGAAGCAAAUGGAUGUGCAUGUUAAUUUUUAUUAUUUUAUUACAUAUACUUUAUUACAUAAUAAUAACUUUUUUUUUUGUUGUCGGAUGAAUUUUUUCAUUAAUAACAAAAACAUGUUUCAG